UUCCACAUUUUAGUUGUCUUGUGAUUGAGGCGUUCAGUGGUGACGCUGGACCACUCGUCGACAAAUUUUUAUUAUUAUCCAUCAAUUGUUGUGAGUUUAUCGAGUGAAAAGGCCAUCCGAUGUUCGGGAAUAUCAGGGAGAAGGAGGAAUUCUCCAGGAAUUUACCUCCGGUCAACAAUAACGAGAUGCCGUCCCCUCGAGCUCUAGGGCUUGACGCUCUGCAUAAUGUUUGCAAGGAGAUUUAUCCUGACCAGUUGAAUCCACUCACUGUCACAGCUAUCAUAAAAUACUGGCUGGGAGGACCCGACCCUCUGGAUUACAUAAAUAUGUACGAGAAUCCAGGAUGUCCGGAGCAAGGAGUUCCUCCCCAUUGGCACUACAUCAGUUUGGGACUGUCUGAUCUCCACGGGGAUGGAAGACUCCACCCGAAGACAGGUCCAGGUCGUCCCAGUGGUUUUGGAUUUGAAUUGACGUUCAGAUUGGCUCGGGAACGAGGGGAAACUACUCCGCCCACUUGGCCAGCUAAUGUCAUGCAACAACUAGCUAAAUACGUCUUCAACUCCGGGAAUAUGUUGUUCCCUGGAGAUCACGUGUCCUGGCACGCACCACUGGGCACCGGAAGUGGGAGGAUAACCCAAAUUUUGAUGGGAAAGGACCCACAAUUGCCGAAUAAUAUUAAUACUCCACAUGGAGAGGUAUCAUUUAUCCAAAUAAUUGGAGUAACAUCAGAGGAGCUUCAGGCAGCGCAGCACUGGAAUGGUCUUGGCCUGGUGAAUUUAUUGAAAACGACGAGGGGCUGCGGUCCAUGGCUCGUCACCGACACCAACAGGAUACAUUCAAUCAUGGAGGAGGAUCCAACAGUUGCUGAGAAAAUUCAAACGGGUAUCGAGAGGGAGGGCUCCAAUCUCAGUGGAGUAUCCGCCAAAUGCUGGUGGGUGCAGACGACGAAUAACAACAGUGGAGAGAGUUACAGAGAGCGAAAACCAGAGAAUUCAGACGACGAGGAUGACGACUGCGACAAAGACGAGAACGAUGAGGAGAGCAAUGUAAAUCCCCGAGAGGUAGUCAAAGUGGAGAUGCACUCGCCGAAUGAAGCUGAUAGAGAAAAUCCCUCGAUGGAUGAUGGUUUCACCCUUAAACCCCUGGACGGACUCCACCUGACGUUCAACCUCGAGGCUGGAAGUCUUCUGCCACUCGCAAUCAAGGGACGUGUAAUGCAUGGUCGACAUUUUACAUUUAAAUCGAUCCUAUCGCACUCUGCAAUCACCAUUGUUGCCUCGUCGGUCACUGGGACACUCGUGUCACGAGAGAGACCUUAUGUCGUUCAAGGCCCCUGGCUUCAGGUACUCGUGCCGGAUGAAUUGGCUGAGAUUAUGGCUGGGGAAUUUCAAAUUUUUAAUGCACCACAGCAGAUUCAACUUCCCAGGACGUUCUCAUGGCCGGAGCACAAACUUGCAAUAACAAUCAUCAGCGAUUGAUGACUCGAUAAUUUGCAAUUCCAAUCAGCAUCACCGAAAAUGCCAAUUAUAACUAACUUAAGUAUUCCUCGAAUGAAUUAAGCUACUCUAAUUUAUUGUAGACCAGAAAAUCACAUUUUGUGUCCAAUUUUAAAUAGUUAGUCGAAUGGAGAAUAAUUUAUUGUUGAUGAAAAGUGCCUUAAUGCUGUAAUGCAGCGGUAAUUGAUAUAUUUAUGACUGUACAUAGGUUUUAUCAAACGAAUCCAAAAAAUCAUAGCGUCGGUUAUUUCUAAGGAUUUUUAUACAUUGUUAGUAAUAAAAGGAGAUGGAUAAUA